AUGACUUCGUAUAGAGUGUGUUUUUUAUUUGUUGUCCUAGCUACACAGACAUGUGUAGUUUUUGGACAAGAAGAAAUUACGAAAAGCAGUUUAACAUUCGUGAUCGAUGAUACGGGGUCCAUGUAUGGUGAAAUAGCUCAAGUCAAAAAUGAAGUGAACAUUAUAUUUGAAAAAGUUUUAUCGUCUAGUGCAUCGCAAAUAGAAAAUUUUGUUCUAGUCACAUUCAAUGAUCCAGACGCGGCGCUUUUCACAAUCACCAAAGAUCGGAAUGAAUUCAAAAGAGCUUUGGCCAGUAUAAAUGUUCACGGAGGUGGGGAUUGUCCGGAAUAUGCCAUGAAAGGCAUUGAAAUAGGUCUAAAACAAAGUCUACCACAAUCAUAUAUCUAUGUGUUCACUGAUGCCUCUGCUAGUGACCACACUAGAUUUGAAGAAAUCAAGAGUCUGGCGCAGAAAAAACAAAGUCAGAUAGUGUUUUUACUCACUGGAGAAUGCGGUUCCACGGAUGAUACUGAUUACCUAGUUUACAAUAAAAUAGCUGAAGCUACCUCUGGUCAAGUUUUUCAUAUGGAGAAAGACGAUGUCAAAGUCGUAUUAAAAUAUAUAGAGGAGACCAUCACUGGUAGAAGUAUCACGCUUGUCAACAAAAAAAUACCUCCUGGAAGUGAGAAAAUUAAAUAUCCUGUACCUCCCCGUUCUGGAGAUGUUCUCAUCACUGUGACUGGUUCUGAAGCUAAGAUAGGAGAAGUCACAGGUCCUGGUGGAAGCAAGCCAAAAACCGAACCCGUGAUCUCAGGCAAAGAAGAAAUGGCGUCAGUGAAGGUCAUUGCUCCAGAAGCUGGUGACCACGAAGUGGAAGUUGGUAGCAAAUCUGGAGCCCACGCCGUCAUUACUGCAAAGACAAGUUUCAAUGUUCAGCUCGGUUUUUCUGUGCUAAGGCCCACUUCUACGAAAGAUACCGUCACUAAGCCUGCUCCGGAGGGUAAUGGUUUCUUAGGUGUCAAACUACAAGGGGACGGAGUCAAACUAAAAAAAGCUAAAAUUCUAGAUAUGAGUGAUAACGUAAUCACUGAAUUACCUCUAGAGCUUGUCGAUGAAACAUCUAAAUUUUAUGUCACUCCAUCUUUUUCUCCACCAAACACUAUAUUCCGUGUGUCUGCAGAGGGAUAUGACGUCGAAAGUAAAUUACCGAUUUCAAUAACGGGCCCUACUCCGAUAGAACGACAAAAUCCAAGAACAGAAAAGGCAGAAAAUACAGCACCACAAAUCACAAUCGAUGGCUCUCCAUUAAUAACUACGGAAUAUGAUGAACCUCUACAAUUGAAAUGCAGAGUACACGCUUACCCAAAACCUGAUAUCAUUUGGGAGGAGAAAGAUAGUGGAACGAAAAUCCCUGCAACGGUGCAACUAGUGGAAGUACCGUAUGACUAUGUCAGCAUUUUGGAUGUGGAGAAGUCGAACAAAAAUAUCACCUACCAAUGCAGAGCAAGCAAUUCCAUUGGAGUGAACAUAAAAUUUGUUGAAGUUCAAACUAAAAGGAAAUUGCAUUUAGAUGUACUUGAGGCUCCGAAAGAUAUUCAUAUCGAUUACAAAAAGGAAGGUCAAAUAACUUGCAAGGUAGAUGCCUACCCACCAGCAUCAAUAUCUUGGUACAAAGAUGGAAAGGAUGUUUCUGGCAAUCCUCAUAUUCAAGUUUCCAGUGACAAGUCUACUCUUACUAUUAAGGACAUGCAACCUAAUUUAGAAGGAACAUAUAUGUGUGAAGCUAUCAAUGACGUUGAUCGGAAAGUAUUCUAUUCAGAAGUCACCAUUUCUGGAGUGGAAUCUCCCGUUAUUGAUAAAUCGCAUACAGAAGUACGUACUGCAGAGAAAACAGAUGCAGUCCUGUCCUGUAGAAUUCUCAAAGGUAUCCCAAAACCGACUAUUCGUUGGGUAUUCCGACAAUCGAGCACUGACAGGAUUACUAGAUUGAAAGACACUACUGAAACAUUAGUCCUGAAAAAUGUGGGCAAACAUCAGAGUGGAACCUACAAAUGUGUUGCUAAAAACAUAAUGGGAUUGGAUCGAGUUUCCGUGGAGUUUGUUGUGGAACAUAAACCAAAAAUAGAAGAAGAUGAAAAAAAUAUUUUAAUCAAAGAAGGUGAAGACUUAACAUUACCUUGCAAAGUUUCUGGAGAACCUUAUCCUACGGCCAAAUGGUACUUCAACGGCACUAGAAUUGAAAAUGCGACUCUUACUGGUGACUACAGUCUCAAGCUCAAGGCAACUAUAGACGACUCUGGAAGUUACACGUGUGAGGCAGAAAACAAACUUGGACAAGCAAAAAAACACGUUUCGGUCCAAGUAUUUAUUCCAGUAACGAUUCACGAGCCGAAAGAGAAGAAAAUUGAAAUGAUGGUUGGAAAAAGUGCCAUGUUACAGUGCUUGGCUGAUGGCUACCCUAAACCAACGAUAAAAUGGUAUUUCAACAGUUCUGAUAGCAAAACACCAGAGAAACAUGUAACAGUUUCUGAUGUGGUGCCUUCUUUGCCCCUGAAGAAUGCUCAGUUGGACCAGGAAGGUUCUUACACAUGUGUGGCGGAGAACGUAGGGGGAUCUGCGAGUCUUACUUACGAAGUUAAAGUAUUCGCUCCACCUAUAAUUGAAAACGUGUACUCUACCAAGACAUUCGAAGCAAUGGAGGGUGACUUAACACUCAGGAUUGCGUGCAAAGCAACGGGGAGUCCGAAGCCUACAAUAGUUUGGACGAAGAAUGGGCUCAACUUAGCUUUUGGGACUGAGUGGUAUGAAAUGGAAGAAGAUGGAACUUUAAUCAUUAAGAAUAUCGACCAUAGUGCUGAAGGAACAUAUGUGUGUAUAGCAGAAAAUAAAAUUGGAAACGAUACAGAAUUCUAUGAAGUUAAAGUCAAAGAUCCUUCAGUAUUAGAGAUACCAACAAAAACGAUGUUAAUAGAGGAAGGCAAGCCUGCUGACAUCACUUGCGACCUACCACAUACGGCUACGGACAAAAUACGUUGGUUUAAGAACGGCAGACCUAUAGACAGUGAGGAACUACACAUAGUGAACAUAACACGAAGUGACGAUGGCCUCUAUACUUGUCGAGUGAGUGACUUUGUGAAAUCACGAUCAUUCACCACCAAAGUGGUGGUGGGAUUCAAACCAAUAUUUGCUACCGAAGAAAAAGAAGAAGUCCAGUUUAUUCUCAAUGCUGAUCCUGAGUUCCUUUCGUGUCAAGCUUAUGGAGAACCGCGACCUAAGGACACCAUUUGGAAACACGAUGGCAAAGUGACCAACGUGACUGACAUGUCAUAUCCUCUGGGAAUGGUAUUCGGAGCCACGGGAAUAUACGAAUGUGAAGUUAGCAACGAUUUUGGGACUAUCCGUCGCACAUUUAAAGUCACAUCUAGAGAUUGCAUUUUGGACCUCAAGAACGAUUUUCCAGAAAAACAUCCCUUGAUGUAUUCAUCGUCACUAUCUUGGCCAGCCUUCCAAGUGACCGAAGGAUUCAUGAUCAUACCAAAGGCAGACUAUUUCUACUUCAACUGUCCCGAAAAAUUUGCAAACUUCCCAUCAGGGGCUCACGUAAUGGCAUUCUGUGAGAGAGACAAUCAAAUCAAAAUCCGAGGCAUUAACUAUAAUUUUGAAGACCUAAAAUGUAAUGAAGAAGUGAAGCCUGAUAUUAUGGAAACUGGCUUCGAAUGCUUACCUGGUAAUACGCAAUACAUUCAGAUUGGAUUCAGAGUGCAUAACGAGUUCCUAAAGGUGUACGAAGUCUGUUACGACAAUGAUAAGAAUGAGCCGUUGUUUGCGAAACACAAACUGUCUCCUGACCACACGGAUUCUUCUAUAGAGUCGGAAUGGUUCAACGAUAUUCUGCCACAUGAUUUCGACUCCAUGUACGACUGUGCAAGACAAGCGUAUGAUAUUUCUUUAGCUCUGCCGGGUGUUCGUUCAGAUGGAUCUUGCUGCUAUGGCAAAAGACAGCUGGUAAACUCUAAAAAUUUGCAGCCAGGAGUGCCAGCUUCAGCGUCCUUUAAUUAUUUGAAUGUUGUCCCUCAAUGGAGUACUUGUAAUUCAAAGAAUUGGGAUGAUUUGGAAGACAGAGUGAGAAAUUUGGUGAAAAAAGCUGGAAGAGAUCUUAGUAUUAGCACCGGUAUUGCCAACCCAUAUCCUGAUGCAGCUCCUUAUGUGUUUCCUAUUCUUAAAGACGGCUAUGGAGUGUCUCAGGCUGUAUCACCCUUUUUAUGGAAGGUGGUGCAAGAUCCCGCAACUGGGGAGUCUCUAGCGAUAAUUCAGGUGAAUUUCCCCUUGUUGGACAGAGAAGACGCUUCAAGGCAUAUUCUAUGUCCUGACAUUUGUGAGAAUAUCGAUUGGUUGAGGGGCCCUAAUUGGCAGAAUGUCGAAGAUGGAUUCACCUACUGCUGUGCCAUUACAGAAUUUGAAAAGGCUUUCGGCUUUAAAGAUCUAUUUAGUCCUGACAUGAACCGCGUUCUUUUCAGCACCAGUCUUAUACCUGAAACUUAUUUGACAAAAAAAUAGUAUUAUUUCUAAUUUAAGAAUGUAAAUAUAUUUAACAAUUAACAAAUUAUGAUGUUUACGUAAAUAAACACCUGAAACGAUUAUAUUUAAGAAUAUUAUAUUUCUAUUAUUUAUUUUAUUAUGUGUUAUUAUUGUGAUAAGGUUAAGUUAC